CGUCCAAACUGAGGAUCGCAAGUCUUCAUGUUCUCAGUAGGAGGAUGAGGGUCUGAGUUAGGAUUUGGGCCCUGUAGGGCUUGCUGAGGACAUCCCCUGAUGGCUAGGAUUCCACACGGAGCACAUCUGGUGUGACAGAGCUCACUGCAAGGGUGAAGGCUCCGCCCUAUCAGAUAGACAACCAGGCCACCGAGAGGCCCAGCCCUGCAAACCCUGGAUUUGCAACAUCCUCAAAGAACAGCAACGGGCCUUGAGCAGAAUUGAGAAGGAAAUACCCCCACCUGCCCUCAGCCUUGAAGUGGGCUUUGCUAUUCACAAGGGCCUGUUGGUGUCCUGGCAGAGAGGAGAUGGCACAGGCACCAGGUGCUAGGGUGCCAGGGCCUCCCGAGAAGGAACAGGUGCAAAGCAGGCAAUUAGCCCAGAAGGUAUCCGUGGGGCAGGCAGCCUAGAUCUGAUGGGGGAAGCCACCAGGAUUACAUCAUCUGCGUAACAACUGCUCUGAAAAGAAGGUGUUUUUCAACCUGGACUUGAAGUAACUAGUGGAGAGGCAGGAAAAAGGAAAUGAAACCAGAGACAGAGGGAAGCUGAGCGAAAAUAGACCUUCCCGAGAGAGGAGGAAGCCCGGGGAGAGACGCACAGUCCCUUCCCCGCCCCCAGGCCGCCGCCCCCGUUCUGCCCUCGGCGGCGAGCAGCGCCCGCUACCCGGGCCGAAGGUGCGAGGGGCUCGGGGCGGCCGGGCGGGCGCGCACCAUCCCCGCGGGCGGCGCGGAGCCGGCGACAGCGCGCGAGAGGGACCGGGCGGCGGAGGCGGCGGGACCGGGAUGGAAGGGAGCGCGGUGACUGUCCUUGAGCGCGGAGGGGCGAGCUCGCCGCCGGAGCGCCGGAGCAAGCGGAGGCGCAGGAGCGGCGGCGGCGGCGCCCGAGCACCCGAGGGGGUCCGAGCCCCGGCAGCCGGCCAACCCCGCGCCACAAAGGGAGCGCCCCUGCCGCCCGGCACGCCGCCUCCCUCCCCAAUGUCCUCGGCCAUCGAAAGGAAGAGCCUGGACCCUUCAGAGGAACCAGUGGAUGAGGUGCUGCAGAUCCCCCCGUCCCUGCUGACAUGCGGCGGCUGCCAGCAGAAUAUCGGGGACCGCUACUUCCUGAAGGCCAUCGACCAGUACUGGCACGAGGACUGCCUGAGCUGCGACCUCUGUGGCUGCCGGCUGGGCGAGGUGGGGCGGCGCCUCUACUACAAACUGGGCCGGAAGCUCUGCCGGAGAGACUAUCUCAGGCUUUUUGGGCAAGACGGUCUCUGCGCAUCCUGUGACAAACGGAUUCGUGCCUAUGAGAUGACGAUGCGGGUGAAAGACAAAGUGUAUCACCUGGAAUGUUUCAAAUGUGCCGCCUGUCAGAAGCAUUUCUGUGUAGGUGACAGAUACCUCCUCAUCAACUCCGACAUAGUGUGCGAACAGGACAUCUACGAGUGGACUAAGAUCAAUGGGAUGAUAUAGGCCCGAGUCCCCGGGCAUCUUUGGGGAGGUGUUCACUGAAGACACCGUCUCCAUGGCAUCUUCGUCUUCACUCUUAGGCACUUUGGGGGUUUGAGGGUGGGGUAAGGGUUUUCUUAGGGGAUGGUAGACCUUUAUUGGGUACCAAGGCAUAGCAUCCAAGUGGCAUAAUUCAAGGGCUGGCACUUCAAGGUGACAGAGGACCAGCCCUUAAGGGAGAGCUUGCGGCCACAGCCAUCUGUGGUAACUGACAUGAUUAGCAGAAGACAGGAACAUUUAGGGGCAAGCAGGCACUGUGCGGUCAUGAUGGAAUUUCAUAUCCACAGAUAGGGAGUUGUUGUGUAAAGACUUGUUGUGACUUUGAUGCUUGCAAACUAGAGAUGUGCAAUUGAUUUCUUUUCUUCCUGGGUUUUGUAACACCCCUGUUUCAACGACUGUCCUCCACACAAGGGAAGGACAGAAAGGAGUGGCCAUUCUUUUUUUCUUGGCCACCUUCCCAGGGCCUUAAGCUUUGGACCCAAGGAAAACUGCAUGGAGACACAUUUUGGUUGAGAAUGGAAACCACAACUUUUAACCAAACAAUUAUUUAAAGCAAUGCUGAUGAACCACUGUUUUUAGACACCUUCAUUUCGAGGUGAGGAGCUCCACAGAUUGUUUCUAUACAAAUAUAAAUCUUAAAAAAAAAGUUGUUCAACUAUUUUAUUAUCCUAGAUUAUAUCAAAGUAUUUGUCGUGUGUAGAAAAAAAAAAAAAACCAGCUCUGCAGGCUUAAUAAAAAUGACAGACUGAAA